AUGACUAGUGAAGGUUUACAAAACUUUCAUAGAAAACAUGUCAAAUGCCCUGGGUGUAACAAGAAAAGGCUUAUUAAAUAUGGGGCUGCCGGUUUUUUAUGUACUGGUUGUCAUUCUGCACGGAAUCAGUCUGUUAAUAGUGGGAAUUUAGAUAUUGACAAUUUAAUUAAAGAUACACAUAGAAAUAAUAUUCAAUUUAGAUUAGAAUGGAUCCCAUUUAAAGAUUUUAGAAAAGUCCAAAAAAUUACAGAAGGCGGAUUUAGUACGAUAUUCACUGCUACAUGGAUAAAAGGAAGAGUUACGAGUUAUUCUGGAGAAAAACUUUGUCGGAAAGGCCCAAUGAAAGUUGUAUUAAAAGUCCUUAAAGAUUCUCAAAAUAUAACUUCAACGUUUAUAAAAGAGGUAAAGUUUUUUUUUGCGGUUAAUUCGUAA